UAGGUAGGUUGGGCAUUGAUUACCAGAAAACUGUGGCUCUUGCUGUUACUCAUUCUUCAUGUAAUGCUGUUACUAUCUAGAGUAGUAAAUACUCUCUAGUCUCUACCAUUCUCAAAGUUUUACUCUCAGCAAAGGAAUUCUCCAAGCAUGGGGCACAAGCAUCUCUUGGCAGCUUUCUGCUUAUGGGUUUUCGCCUUUACUAUCCUUCAUGCUUCCGCUGAAGGCUUACUUAGAAUUGGUUUAAAGAAGCGUCAGUUGGAUCUUGAUACUAUAAAGGCUGCUAGAAGCACGAGACUGGAAAGCACGUAUGGGAAAUCUGCAGAUACGCGUAACAAUCUAGGAGAUGCUGCUGGAGAUAUUUUACCUCUUAAGAACUACUUGGAUGCUCAAUACUAUGGAGAAAUCAGUAUUGGGUCACCACCCCAGAAAUUUUCAGUCAUAUUUGAUACUGGCAGUUCAAAUCUAUGGGUUCCAUCCUCAAAGUGCUAUUUUUCUAUUGCUUGCUGGUUCCACUCGAAGUACAAGGCUAAGAAAUCCAGUACAUAUACUGAAGUUGGAGAAGAUGCUGCUAUAGUGUAUGGAUCCGGAUCAGUUUCUGGCUUCUUAAGUCAAGACAAUGUUGAAAUUGGUGAUCUUGUAAUAAAAGACCAAGUUUUCAUAGAGGUGACGAAAGAAGGAAGUCUUACAUUUGUACUUGCAGUAUUUGAUGGAAUUCUUGGACUUGGAUUCCAGGAAAUCUCAGUUGGCAAUGUAGUUCCACCUUGGUACAAUAUGGUGGAUCAAGGUCUUGUAGGUGAGGAAGUGUUCUCUUUUUGGCUUAACCGAAACCAAGAUGCAGAAGAGGGUGGUGAGCUUGUUUUUGGCGGUGUUGAUCCAAAACAUUUCAAGGGGAACCAUACAUAUGUUCCGGUAACUGAAAAAGGCUACUGGCAGUUUGAGAUGGACGAUUUCAUCAUCGGGAACAUGUCAACAGGCUAUUGCGAUGGGGGCUGUGCUGCUAUAGUUGAUUCUGGAACAUCCUUACUUGCUGGUCCAACUGCUGUUGUAGCUCAAAUCAACCAUGCCAUUGGGGCAGAAGGAAUAGUGAGCAUGGAAUGUAAAGAAGUUGUUAGUCUAUAUGGAGAUAUUAUCUGGGAUCUUUUAGUAUCAGGGGUAGUACCCGAUGCAGUAUGUUCACAGGUCGGAUUAUGCUUCUUAAACGCAGGCAACACACAUGUGAGUUCAAAUAUCAAAACAGUAGUCGAGAACAAGACCGUAGGGGUUCAGGAUGACCUUUUGUGCACUGCAUGUGAAUUGAUUGUUUCUUGGGUCCAAUAUCAGCUGAAACAAAGCGAGACUAAGGAGAUAGUGCUGAAUUACGCGAAUCAGCUCUGUGAAAGCAUACCAAGCCCAAUGGGAGAAUCUGCAAUCAACUGCAAAAGUAUUUCCGAUAUGCCAAACAUUACUUUCACCAUCGGGAAACAAGCUUUUAGUCUCACUCCUGAACAGUAUAUACUUAAGACUGGAGAAGGCCCUGCUGUUACCUGUCUCAGCGGGUUUAUAGCUCUUGAUGUGCCGCCUCCUAGUGGCCCUCUGUGGAUUCUUGGAGAUGUGUUCAUGGGCGUGUAUCACACAGUCUUCGACUAUGGUAAUCUACAGCUGGGUUUUGCCGAGGCUGCUUAGCGUAUUGGAGUUGCUCAGAGUUAAUUCUGUUGAAGCUAGAGGUUGUUAUGGCUCCUGAAUAAAGUUAUGUAAUAUAUUCCAUAAUGUAUGCAGAAUAUCAGUUCACAACUGGGCAUUUGCAGCAUUGCUUGAUGUGCUCUGCACAGAAAACAAAUGAAACAUUGAUUCAACAUUUGAGCAUCCAA